AUGGAAUCGAACGGUAGUGAUCAUGCAGACAAUCGAAAAAGCAGGAGCAAGAGCAGGAGCGUUACGAUGAUUGUUUCGGGAUAUGACAAAUCACUUCCUGAGGAUGAUAUCAAGAGCUUGUUGAGUGAACAUUUCUCUUCAUGUGGAGAUAUCACAAGAGUUUAUUUUGCUGCAGACGUUGAAACCGAGAUUCGCAACAAACAUGCUUUCUUUGAUAUCACCGGAGAAGACGCAAAAGAGAAGGCGAUGCAACUUAAUGGAAGUGACAUGGGAGGACGCAACUUAGUUGUUAAGGUUAUGCCGGCUUCGACUAGAUUCUGUAAAAUGACUCCUCAAAUUGCUGUUUCUUGGUUCGACCAAAGCGAGAUCUCACGCAAACUGCCCCGUGCCGAGGUUGUUAUGGUUACGGGAUAUGACACUGCCCUUCCUGAAGACGAUAUCGAGAGCGCUCUGACAAAACAUUUCUCUUCAUGUGGAGAGAUUUCUAUCGGCAAAGACAUAGACGGCCCUGGUCUUGCCGAGACAGCUGUUGUUUUUAUUUGGGGAGAAGACAUAGCUUAG